CCGGGAAGUAACGUGGCUGCGCGACGAACAGGGCCAAAGCACAGGAUACGAAGAUAGCCGAGCACGACCGAGGUCGCGAGCGUCGACCGAAUGAGUCUCUCUCUCCCUCUCUCUAUUUCUCUCUCUCUCUCUCUCUUUCUACUUGUCAGCGCUCGGGUCCAGUACUUCAGUACGUGCACAGCGGCCGGCCGGCGUGCAUAGUUGUUGAUAGUAGUGUCGUGUGUUCUUGAAAUCGAGCGCUUUUUUCGCGCGAAAUCGCUCCUCUGCCGUGGUUAUUUUUACCAAUGUCCGUACGAAACGAGAGCUAAACUCGACGAUCAGACGACGUCGUCUUUGUGCUCCGAACGGCGCCGGGCCUCAGGGCCCGGUCGCUCUCGUUUCCACUUAGGUCGACUCCGGGAAGCAUGCGAUUAUGGAGCUUGCAGGCUCCCGGGGACAAACCGGCUGCGAUGUCUGCACGGGCGUUACCCUUCGACGGCAGUUUCCCUCGUGUAAUUAUCGUCGCGAGUCGCACGACGAAAGUCAGUACUUCCUCAAAUCAACGAAGGUAUAUUCUCGAGAAAAGAGAGAGGAAGCAAGAGAUAGAAUACAAGAGAGAGAAAGAAGGAAACACACAAAGCAUCAUCGUGUCGAAGGGUCAAACUGUGCCAAGAUAGCAUUACGAGACAAAUAAAAAAUCCUGACCAGAGAGCUUCAGCAAAAAAAAAAAAUCAAGAAAAAUACUCAUUUGAUUGAUUGUCAUAUGAGAUUAAUUGAGAAGAAUUGCCUAAAUUCUUGCAUUCGCAAUUUCUCGAGUUACUGUCCAAUCUUCUAUGAUCUUUGCAUCAAUUGCAUCGCGUAGAUGACACGCGCUGCCAUCGUAGCGUUGUGUUGAGAGUGCAAAUUUUUGUGGAGUAAAAAAAAAUAGAUGCAAUAGGCAUUGACAAGUACGAGUUUGACGAGAAUUGGGAGUACAAAAGUGUGCGUAGAAAAGCGUGCUUCGGAGGGGACGCAAUGACGCGAGGAAGAAACAUAUGAAGAGGAGAUGAAGAAAGGAUUUGGCGAAGUAAAGUAGAAAAAGUGCGAGAGCAGCGGCAGAUACACGAAACUGGCGACCCAAGCACGUGACAGCGGCUCCCGUGGGUCUCGGACCCGCCGCCGAGCCAAUGGUGGGUCGCUCUCCAGCCGGGGCAGCACCACAGAGAUGCAAUGCGGUCUGUGCGCCGUCGUCGCUGGUCUGUUCCGCCGGGCUAUGUGUAUUGCAGGCAGUCGACGCGGCUCCGGAGAAUCCUGUUAUCAGGAACUGGCCACGGAUAUGCAGGAGCGACGACCCUCGCAGGUGGAAGAUGCAGAAAUUGAGCUCAUUAAAGCAAGCGAAAUCGUGAAGAGAGUGAAAAACGUUCAAGCGGAAGAGAGGCGGACUGACGAGGUAACGGUGGACAGCGAGGAACAGAAUGCGGUGUUUGUGUGUAUUUCCGAUAGCAGCUUAUUUCGUAAUUCUGGUACAUCGACUACGUUACCAGAAGUCCGUGAUGGAUUAUCUACGGCGGAAGCAGCAUUCAGACGUUUAUCGGAUGCGGAACAAAUUCUGCUGGAGAGUUUGGACAUCGAUCAAUAUAGACCCAGGCACACUGGCCGAUUUCUGACGAUGCAUAAAAGACGACGUAAGAAGCUUACUACCAGAUCCUUGAAUCAGGAACCAGGUAUCUUGGACGAUAUCUUUCACGGACUGGUACAGUGCGUGUUGCAAAGAGCUGGAAACUGGCGCUUUAAUGCUUUCACGCUGGAAACAGUCACAGGUGGUCGUUCGCUGCCGGUAUUAUGUGUCCACCUCUUCCAUUGUUAUGGUCUUUUUCAAUACUUCAGUUUGGAUGUUGUAACAGUAUGGAAAUUAUUUGCUUUUAUCGAGGAGGGUUAUCACAGUACAAAUCCUUACCACAACAGUAUACAUGCGACGGAUGUCACUCAGGCAAUGCAUUGCUUUCUCCAAGAAAAAAAGAUUAAAACACAUCUAACCAAUUUAGAAAUUAUGGCUUCCUUGAUAGCGGCUGUAACGCAUGACUUAGAUCAUCCGGGUGUUAAUCAACCGUUUUUGGUCGCAACGAGUAAUCAUUUAGCUGCGCUUUAUCAGAAUACUUCUGUUCUCGAAAAUCAUCACUGGAGAUCAGCUAUAGGAUGUCUUCUAGAAAGCGGUGUCUCGGCACAAUUACCAGCCGACGUAAGACCAGAACUUCAACGGCAUAUCAGUUCAUUGAUCUUAGCAACAGAUAUUACAAGACAACAAGAAUUUCUUACGCGUUUUAGGGAUUAUUUGAGCAACAAUUCACUUGAAAUGAAACGCGAGGAAGAUCGUCAUUUCAUCCUACAAAUUGCUCUAAAAUGCGCAGAUAUUUCCAAUCCGUGCAGACCGUGGGAUAUAUCUAGGAAAUGGUCUUACAAGGUUUGCGAAGAGUUUUUCAGACAGGGCGAUUACGAGCGUCGUUUAAAUCUUCCAGUAACGCCAUUAUGUGAUCGACAUACCACUAGCAUCCCAAAAAUCCAAGCUGGUUUUUUCAAACACGUCGUUACGCCUCUCUACGUAGAAUGGCAUCGUUUUCUCGGUGAUGGUUUGAGUGUGUCAUUAAUGGAAUAUUUAAAGAUGAAUCAGAAAAAAUGGGAAUCACUGAUUAACCAAGAGAUAACUGAAGAAAAAGAAACCGACAUUUCUGAAUUUAAUGAACCUGAAGGAGUCAUUAGUUCGGGCGAAGAAACGGCCGCUGAUGAAGAUUCGGGCAGUAUUGAUCUGCUGAUACCAGCAACUUAUGUGCAAACAGCGCGAAUGCCGACAUUGCCAGGACGAGUUGGACUCGAUCGCGUUGGUAGACGUCAUUCCGUUCCUUUAAGUGUAUCGAAAUCAUUGUACUUACCUUUAACCCAGCCCAAUAGAAGAGAAAGUAUGCCGAUCGAACAAGCCAAAGCGAAAAAUCAAUUCUGGAAGAUAGAAGAUCAAAAUUUAUUGGGGCCGAGUUCAUUGUCUCUAUUGUCUUCCAAAAGUAAUAUGAGCGAGUCAAAUGUUAGUGUUGUCGAGAGACCAGUUAGCGCAGAGAAUCUCUUACCAGAGACAAGUAUAGCCAGUAUUACGAGCAGCACCGAAGCAUCGAGAUUAAAUACAGUUCUGCAAUCGAAUAAUCAGUACAACGCGCAAACUAAACAACUUAUACGACAACAGACUUUCCCUCCGUUGCAACCAAGUACAAGAAUGAGGUAUAUGUCUGCGACUGCGGAAAUGUCACAAUGUUACAUUCAGACAUUGCUGGAAACUGACAAUUCCUUUAGUUGCUCGACUCAUACGAAAGAAAAAUCAUGUCCAAGCGGUCGGUACUGUUCACACGAUCCUAAUUCACGUCAUCAAAAGAAAUCCAGCAUAAGUCCUCUUUCUAAAGAAUUACCGACGGAUAUAUCUGUCAAAAAACAAGGCUCGACCUUGUUGGAUACAACAAAACAGAAACAUACUGUCAAUUCCAUGCGUCGCCAUUCUAUACAGACUGUUCGCACUGAUGAUUCUUUUUCUAAACAUAGAUAUAAAAGGCCUUCUUCCGCUCAAGAUCCAGAUUCCACGCAAAUGUUCUAUGCUGCGUUAACGGGUUCUUACAGUGACAAAAACAAAUGUGUUCCUGACAUGUACAUUGCGGAAUGUAAGUCGAAUUUAGAUUGCAACACCGAAUUUAAAUGUCAUGAUGCGAAAUUAACAGUUCAAGAACUGCAAACUACGUUGUUGCCCAAAAAAUUAGAUCAAUCUACUUCAUCGACUUUGAGCGCAUAUUCUGCACAAGAACCGCGAAGAUAUUCAACUUCUGUCACAGAAUGUAAAACGAUAACGGUCGAUCAUGCAGGUAGACGAUAUACCACGAUACCCGUGUCUUCUGAGCUUAGCACUCACAAAGUGUUCUUUAUCGGUAGUCCUCCUGAUUCGCCUCCUAAUCAUAGUGUAUCUUCAUCGAGUGACAGUGGUAGUGAGCCAAAAAGAAGUAUCGAUGAUUCGAGUAAGGAAGCUAGUGUUAUCAUUGGCAAUAGAAAGGAAUUGGAUAAUGUGAAAGAAAAAAAUUCGAAGAGUUCAAAGUUCAAUUCCGAUGCGCAAAUGAAGGAAAAUGUUGAUCCCCGAACGAAUGACGACGUCGCUAAAGCAUCAUCUCGUAGAGGCAAUCAGGGAUGGGCAAAAAGACGCGGAUCAGCUCCAGUUGGUCUUCUAUCAAAAUUGGACGAUUUUACUUCAACGAAUAUAUCUACCAGAGUUGAUCAUAAUUGCAGACGUGGAUCAGUACCAACUGAUAUUACUAAACAUCAAGGUGGAAGUUGUAACCGGUUAACUCUAGGAUAUCGAGGAGACAAUUUUUCGGAUCUACGAAGAUCUAGUCUUCCGCAAGAGACUGCAUUAGGAAAUCUUUUAGAAAAUGUCCUCACUUUAACUCGCGAGCGUGAAAGCAUUUCAAUAAACAACAAUAAUAAUAACAACAAUAACAGUAACCGCAGCAACAAUAACGGCAUUAGUAAAUGUGAUAGUACCAUGUCCGGAAUGCUUUCUCCAAGACGAGGAUCAAUACCAGCAGACAUAUCCGAAUUACGUCGCGAUCUAUUUAGUAGGAAUAAUGUAAAUAGUAAACCGCGAAACCGGAAAAAAAUUUUAAGAAGACGUAGUAGUGGUGGCCCAGAAAUGUUCACCUGUGGAUCUACCGAUGGAAACGACAAUGGUACAUGGCUCAAAUGGAAGAGAGACAUAGGAAAGCGCGAUCCUGUUCCCGAAGCAUUUGUCAAACGACGAGGAUCUCUACCCAUAGAGAUGGUGGCUGUUUCACAUGCUGGUCGGUACAACCAUAGAUAAAGGAGGAUGUCGUAACACAAGCGGGAUCAACAUCAGCACGUAGAUCUAGCCUGUGGCGGGUUUAGUAUGCUGUAGAAAAAACAGGGCCGUCCAUGCAGUGAUUAAAUCAUCACAACAGUCUUUCCUUAAAUUAUCAGCAGUAACAUCAGCGACGAUCGAUUACUGAUUUUUAAAAUUGUCAAUAUUAAAGACAUUUUUAUCGAUUGUAAAUGUGAGCAAGUGAAUAUUGUAAUUAUAUUUUUCAUGAUUUUAAAUAGUGUUAUGAGAAUGAUAAAUCAAUUUAUACUUGAAUCACGUGAAUUGGUUAAUAUCGAUAUGAUUGUGAUAUCACAAGUAUUGUGAUAUGUUCUUGCAUAUGCUAAACAAAUCGAAAGUAGUUGGAAGAUUUUGAUUGUUAAUUGAGAUGUUGCAAAUUUAUGUUAUAGGUAUAAUAUUGAAUAUCGAGACAUUAGUCUCGUAUAAUCUAAUAAAUAAAGAACGGAGAGAUGGAGUAAGUGAGGGAAUGAGUGAGUGAGUGAG